AUGCGUGCAGGCACGUUUAAAGCGCCCGCCACAGGUCCUCUGCUCCAGCGGGAAGAGAGUCCCGCUGCCUCGCCGCCCGACCCCGAGCCUCCGAGCGUCCUGGUCCCCGACAGCAACCGCGAGGGCGCGAGCGUGUCUCCAGGACGCCAGGCGCGGCCCCCGGGGCCGUGCGUGCCGCCCGGGCUGGCGGAGGCGCUGAGCGCGCUGGGACUGGCGGGAGAGCGCGAGUACGCUGGGGACAUCUUCGCCGAAGUCAUGGUGUGCCACGCGCUGCCCCGGAGGGCCCUGCCCCGCGCUGUGACCCCGGAGAUGCGCGCGCUCGUGGUGGACUGGCUGAUCCAGGUGCACGAGUACCUGGGCCUGGCGGGGGACACGCUCUACCUGGCGGUGCACCUGCUCGAUUCCUACCUGCGCGCCGGCAGAGUGCGCCUCCAGCGCCUGCAGCUGCUGGGCGUGGCCUGCCUGUUCGUGGCCUGCAAAAUGGAGGAAUGCGUGCUUCCCGAGUGUGCCUCCCUCUGCCUCCUGGGCGCUGGCUCCUUCUCGCGGGCCGAACUCCUGCGCGCAGAGCGCCGCAUCCUGAGCCGCUUGGAUUUCCGGCUGCACCACCCGGGCCCUCUACUCUGCCUCGGGCUCCUCGCCGCGCUGGCCGGGAGCAGCCCCCAGGUGACGCUCUUUGCCACCUAUUUUCUGGAGCUGUCUCUGCUGGAGGCCGAGGCAGCGGGAUGGGAGCCGGGUCGGCGCGCAGCUGCGGCGCUGAGCCUGGCGCAUCGCUUGCUCGACGGGGCGGGCUCCGGCCUGGAGCCGGCGCUUUACAGGUAUGGCUCCAGGGACCUACAUUCCUGGUCAGUCUUUAUUUUUUUACUUAAAAAAAAAAAUUUUUUUUUUAAUGUUUAUUUUUGAGAGAGAGACAGA